ACAGGGAAAUGAAAGUGAAACAAAACCCCACGUCACACUGUAACGAGCCAUAUAAUAGGAACCACCCAGUUAUAGUCAUUCACACUCUACCCACACACUGAGCAGGUCUGGUUUAACCUACGGGCCCAUUCCUAUUCAGAAAUGUCCCAUCAGCAGUCCUACUCCUGGGAGGAAGAUGACUUUCAGCUUCCAUAUGGAGUUGAGAAAAUUGGCCAUGAACAGCCAAACUGCGGCCAGACCUACGUCAUGUACCACGGCACCACCAGGACCAAUGCAACGGCCAUCCUGAGAGAGGGGUUCCGCCAGUCUGCGGGCGGGAUGCUGGGCCGUGGCGUCUACCUCAGCCGGGACCUGAACAAGGCCGGAGCGUAUCCCAUCGACCCUAGUCUACCUGACUCCCAGCGGGUGGUGUUCAGGGUGAAGGUAAACGUGGGGAACGUGAUCGCGAUUAACCACCAGGGCCAUCCUCGCCAGAAUAACUGGCACGAUAGCGGGUACGGGGAGGUCUUCGACACUGCCUGGUGCCCCCCGGACUGCGGCAUGACGAGGAGCGGCAUGGAGGAGGACUGCGUCUGGGACCCCAACCGCAUCAAGAUAGACAGGUGUAUCACUCCAACCCAGGCCCCCUUAAUGCAAGGGACUACCUUGGCUGCUACGGCGAUCAUAAGCUUCGGUAUUAUUUUAUCAUUGCUUUUCCCUUUUUUAAGAUAGGCCCCCCAAUCGGCGUAGACAAUCUGAUUUUUUGUUUGGGGCCCACAAAGAUCAGAGGCCUAUCAUGAGCCAAGAACCCCCCGCCCCCCCGUCAGGAUCUCUCGUCCAUUCCCCCUCCCCCCCUAUGUAACCUCUCAGCCCCAGGGCCCAAUGGCAGGUUAAAGCAGGCCUGGCUCCAACCCCUAUGGCUGGGCAAAUGCCCGGCAAUCGCAUCUAUAAAUAAAGUGGGAGCUUAACUUCAACUAAUGUUGAAGUUAAAAAUGUGAGAACAUGAACUAAUUCGGCCAAAGUUCUGCUUCCUGAUACAGUUGAAUUAUUAAUAGAUCAUGUUUUCACUGUGUUAUUCACAAAAACAUUUAUAAAAUAAAUUUGGUAAAAAACUGUUUUGAGUCCGAAGUUUUGUCCGAUGCAUAACAAAGGAAAACAGUCGAAUAAGAACGAGAAUGUUGGUUGGUGAUUAGGAGGUGGUCACAAGGCAUUUUACGUAGGUUUUUAAUCAGCAGUUUAAUUUGAAACCUAAUUUACAUUUAGGGCCUUUAGCCUUUUUCACACACACACACACACACACACACACACACACACACACACACACACACACACACACACACACACACACACACACACUGUGGCAACCCGGCCCCGACACGGCGGGCCUGGAAGCCCAGAGGGCAGGUAAUACGAGCUGUCUACCACCCUUUUCCCCCAGAGGGCGCCAAGGGUCGCAUUGGCAAGGUCCCACUCAACGCCAACGGGAGACACCUGUGUACCAGGCCAAUCAGACCCAGGUGAGGGCUAUAA